ACAGCCAUAUUUGAUUCGAUUAUGCUGUUCUGGCUGCGACAACCAGUUUAGCCAGUGCUUGACACAAAAAAAAAAAAAAAAAAAGAAAUCAAAAAGACAACGGUGUCUUUUCUUCACUAGGAGGCCAGCUCAAAGCUUCAUCUGCGACGAAAUCCAGCUGCGUUCACAGCAACGACAUUUCAUAACCUGUAGGCAACGAUGAAUCCUGAAUAUGACUAUUUAUUCAAACUGCUCCUUAUCGGUGAUUCUGGUGUCGGAAAGUCUUGUCUCCUUCUCCGGUUUGCAGAUGACACGUACACAGAGAGCUACAUUAGUACCAUCGGUGUGGACUUCAAGAUCAGGACCAUUGAGCUGGAUGGAAAGACCAUAAAACUUCAGAUUUGGGACACGGCUGGUCAGGAACGGUUCCGCACCAUCACGUCCAGUUACUACAGAGGCGCUCACGGCAUUAUAGUAGUUUAUGACGUGACGGAUCAGGAGUCCUUCAACAAUGUCAAACAGUGGCUACAGGAGAUCGACCGCUACGCCAGCGAGAACGUCAACAAGCUGCUAGUAGGCAACAAGUGUGACCUCACAACGAAGAAAGUUGUGGAUUACACCACAGCUAAGGAAUUUGCCGACAGCUUGGGGAUCCCCUUCUUGGAGACCAGCGCCAAGAGCGCCACCAACGUGGAGCAAGCCUUCAUGACCAUGGCGGCCGAGAUCAAGAAGAGGAUGGGCCCCGGGGCCACGGCCGGCUCCUCGGAGAAGUCCAACGUCAAGAUCCAGAGCAAGCCUGUCAACACCUCGUCCGGAGGCUGCUGCUGAGACCCGAAAACAGCCACGACCUGAAUCCACCCCCGAGCCCACGACCAGUCUCAAUGUUACCAUGCUCCACAGGGAAAGAACCAGAGAGAGAGGAGGAGGAGGAGGAGGAGGAGGGAGAGACGGAGGAGGAAGACUUUGAGUGGACCGGUUUGUAAUUGUGUGUUCAGCUACAACACCAGAUUCCCACCCCACCCCUUUCAAAGUCAGCAAUAGGACGGUAAGCCCAUCCAUACCCACAGAACACACUGGGUGGUUCUUUUUUUUUUUUUUUUUUUAUUUACCAAAACACACUCAUACUGGAAAAACAAAAUGUAUACAAUUUUUAACAGUGUGUGAAGUUAACCAAUGAAAGAGAACACAUGUAUACAGCUUUUCUUCUUCCUUUUUUUUUGUUUUGUUUUGUUUUUGUUUGCCCUGCUCUUCCUCUUUGAGUUUGUUAAAAGAGUCACUUUUCUAAAACUGAAAAAAAAAAAAAAAAAAAAAAAAAGAAAAAAACACAAAGUUAGUCUUUAUUUAGCUGUGGAUAACAGCAUGACUUUGCCCCAAAUCUCCUCAGACAUAUGAAUUAGUAAGCAUUUCAAAUGAAGCACAUGCUUAAACCGGCAUCAUGCAUGUUAGGACUGAUCGCAUGCUCCUUCAGUUGUGUGUGAUCAGCUGCAGUCAUGAAGCUGCCCAAACUACACCCAGGAAACACUCCUAUAACGUCACCUGCUCCAACUCCACAGAGUCGCCCCUAAAAAUGAUGUGCCAGUGCCUUUGUGGCAGGAGAUUUACAUGAUAUUUAUGCCUUCGGUGCUCUUGUAUUGUUGGCAUAUUCCCCUCAUAUGCCCACAGUCGUGACUUCUUAAAGAAUCCACUUUGUAUGAUAGCAGUUAACAUUCCUGUAUAUAUAUAUAUUUGGCUCUGUGUGUGUGCUCUGCUGGUGUUCAUGAUACAAAAAGCAUGUGCUACAUUGGGAGACGUGACGUCAGCCGUGUGUAUUUCUCUGCUAAUGUUUCUCAACCAACAGCACAACCACAACAGGACAAAUGAAAUCACCAUCCCUGCUCAAGAAUAAUCUAUAAACUGUAUAUAUUUAUACAUAAAUGUAGGAAGUGAUUUGCAAAUUGUGUAGAGAAGCAAGUGAAGCGAAUGACAUGAUAAAUAGCUGGAAUUAGUAAUCUCGGCACGUGAUUUGUGGCUGCGGACAUGACAUUUUUGUGGCACAAUGUCUACUAUUAAAACAAUGAAGGAGAUCUUUGAUAA